AUGUUUCAUACAAUUCAACGACAAUUAAAAUUAUUUCUCCUAAUCACAUUUGGAGGUCCUGAUCAACUUCGUUUAUUAGAACAUCUAUUGACUAAUAAUCGAUACAAACCAAUUGUACGACCUGUUCAAAAUGACUCUCAUACAUUACCUGUCGCUAUAAAUUUGGCUUUACAACAAAUCAUUAAUUUUGAUGGAAAGAACGAAGCUAUUGUCAUUAGUGGCUGGAUGGCUAUCGUAUGUAUACUUAGUUAUAAUUUGGGAUGCAACAGUGACGUACCUUGUUUUCUUAUCAGUUGUAUGACAUUACUUGGAUUUUUAUUAUCACCGGAUAGUGGUGAAAAAUUAACCUUGCGUGAGUUAGAAUUUCAUGAUAGAAAAUUUGUUCUUAUACAUUCUAAAUCUUCAGAAAUUACAACUCUUCUAAGUGUUGUUAUGUUCAGUUUACUUCUAUCAGAAAUUCUGCCACCAAGUUCAACUGCUAUACCGAUUAUUACCGUUUAUUUCAUGUGUGUUAUGAUCAUGUCAGCGGUUUCAGUUGUUGCAUCCGUAUUAGUAUUAUCACUUCAUUUUCGAAACUCUAGCAAUUAUAAAAUGUCAUCAUGGGUAGAUCAUAUUUCAAAAUGA